AUGUCCGAUCCAAAGUCUGGCUAUCUUCGCGAGAUCUAUGUCGGCGGGCUGAGCGGUGGCAAGCCGCAAACAACCGAUCUCAAGCUGCUCGAACAGCAAGCUAAAGCAAAGAUCCCUCCCGAAGCCUACGCUUACGUUGCUGGAAGCGCUUCCACCGAGUCAACUGCUCGCAGCAACCUUGAUGCCUUUAACAAGUGGCACAUUGUCCCAUCGAUGCUGCGAGACGUCUCGCUUGCCGAAUUCGAUAGCACCACCCGUUUGUUCGGAAGAGACUACUCGUCGCCCCUCGUCGUCGCUCCCAUCGGCGUUCAGGCCCAACUGCACCCAGCCGAUGCCGAUUGUGCUACGGCUCGCGCAGCAGCAGACCUCGAAAUCCCGUUCACCUUGUCCUCUGCCACCAGUCGUCCUCUCGAGAAGGUGCACGAGGAUGCCGGCUUCGCCAAGGGAGCCGAAGAGGAUGGCGUGGAUGCGUGGUUCCAGCUCUAUUGGCCCCAGGACGACGAGUUGACCGAGAGUCUGUUGGCCAGAGCCAAAAAGGCGGGGUACCGCGUGCUCGUCGUCACGUUGGAUACGUGGAAUCUUGGAUGGCGCCCUAGAGACCUUGACACAGCCUACAACCCUUUCCUGACUGGCGAAGGCGUUGCGAAUGUCUUUUCGGAUCCCAUCUUCAUCGAAAAGUACUGCGAGGGAAAGGAUCCGCGCCGCCCCGACGCAACCAAGGACGACAUCACCCAAGCCUCGGUGGCAGCCAUCGCGCAACUCUCCCCCGGCGUCUCGCGCACCUGGUCCGACCUCGCCCUCCUCCGGCGACUCUGGGGUCCAGACCCGAUCGUGCUCAAAGGCAUCCAGACCGUCGCCGAUGCCGCACGCGCCGUCGAAGCGGGCAUGGACGGCGUCUGGGUCUCCAACCACGGCGGGCGCCAAGUCGACGGGGCUGUAGCCUCUCUCACCCAGCUCCCCGCCAUCGCCGACUACAUCCACUCGCUCCCGCGCAAACAGGACGCAGAGAGGAGGAGCGUCAUCUUCGACUCGGGCGUGCGCUGCGGCGCGGAUAUCAUGAAGGCGCUCUGUCUCGGCGCCGACGGUGUCGCGGUGGGCCGACCUUGGUGCUGGGGCCUGGCGGUCAACGGCGAGGACGGCGUGCGCGAUGUGCUCAAGACGCUGCUGGCCGAUUUCGAGCUGAAUGCCGGCUUGGCUGGGUUUCAGUCGACGAAGCAGCUUGGUAGACAUGCACUGGUGAGCGCUGAUGGUCGGCUGUAG